CACCGCGCUGCACCAAAAAAGUAUAAGACCGACCGUCGGCACACAUUUUCCACACGAUUUCGAUUCUGUUCUUUCCUUGUGUAACAAACGGUGUCAGCGCGUGAAAAUGCAACAGCCCCACGAAACGCAUAAACUUUGAUAUCGCCCCAAUACUCAGAUGUGGUACAAAUUCGGACAGUAGCGUCCAAGGCGGCCGACUCGUUGGUUGGUCAGAUUCCUAGGGUUCCCCGGCGGCCUUUCGAGAGUAUCCCGCGCAACCCCAUUUUUGGGUAUGAUUACCACGCGCCAGUGCGACAUUUGAAUUGCAGAGCACCAGGUGCGGAGCACGCGGACUACCAGCUACCAGGAUCGGGAAACCAGGACACCAGAAGUCCCCAAGGAACUGCGAUUUCGCAGGCCUAACCUAAAAAGGCACGUGCAGCGCGCGUAGAAGAGUUUUCUGCGUGCCACCACAGCCAAUCGGCUCCUCUCCAUACAAAAAAAAAACAGAGUACAAAUUCCCGACGAACACGACGACGACAUGGCCACCCUCCUCAGCAACGGCCAGCAGUCGGUGAUGGCCACCAGUAAUGGUCAGGAGCAGCAGCAGCAGGACGAACCGGAGCAACAGCAGGUAGAGAUCAGGAAGUCCAGCUCACCGAAGCCAGGCGCCAUGCCCAACUUGAAGCUCAACAGGAUGGGUUCGGUGUCCCCCAAAGAUAAACGCGUCUACAAAAUCGUCCUAACUGGCGGGCCCUGUGGCGGCAAGACGACGGGACAGUCCCGGUUGUGCACCUUCUUCGAGAACCUUGGAUGGAAGGUAUUCCGCGUGCCUGAAACGGCCACUGUUUUACUCAGUGGCGGCGUGAAGUUCUCCGAUCUAACCGAGAAAGAGGACCCGCCCACGCCAACCACGUUCGUUUACAAAGAUCUGCCCUUCGCCGCUCCGGAGCACAGUCUCAUCGACCUAACCGCAUCCUGUCCGCGCUGCUUGGCCAAGGCUGCAUCGCGGCCCAAUGGCAGCGAAGCCUACAAGUUCCAGGAGAAUCUGAUCCGCACCAUGGUGCAAAUUGAGAACACCUACUUUGAGCUCGGCAACUCGAGCACCCGCAACUGUCUGAUAAUCUGCGAUCGCGGCGUUAUGGAUGCCAGUGCAUACAUAUCAAAGGAUAAGUGGGAGAAGAUGAUGGCGGGCAACAAGUGGAACCCAGUGGAAAUGCGCGACAAUCGCUACAACCAGAUCCUUCAUCUGGUCUCCGCGGCCAACGGCGCCGAGGACUUCUACUCCACAGAGAACAGAAAGCGCCACUAUCAGGACCACGCCUGCCGCUCGGAAGGCGUUGAUUUGGCCAGGGAACUGGACUACAAGUCGGCGGCAGCCUGGGUCGGCCAUCCCUACUUCGAUGUGAUCGACAACUCCACCAACUUCGAAGCCAAAAUGAACCGCAUGAUUGAGUCAGUCUGCCAGAAAGUGGGCAUCGACAUUGGCGAUCGUUUGCAGGCCACAUCGCGCAAGCUGAAAUAUUUAGUUGCCCUUCUGCCGCCAGACAGCGAGUUUCCGCCCUUCCAGGACUUUGAUGUGGUGCAUCAUUAUCUGCAAUCCGCCGGACCCAAGGUGCAGGCUCGCCUUCGCAAGCGCGGGCAGAAAAGCCACUGGAGCUACAUCCACACGCAACGUCGUCCCAAUGUCCACGGGCAGGCCCGCAUCGAGGUGAAGACCCAGCUGACGCAUCGCGACUAUAUGAACCUGCUGGCCCAGCGCGACGAUGCCCACUUCACCAUCUAUAAGAAGCGCCGCUGCUUCCUGAUCAACAACCAAUAUUUCCAGCUGGACAUAUACAAGGAGCCCGGCCACCCACGCUGCAAGGGAUUGGUGCUGUUGGAAACGUAUUCAUCGCUCACAGGCGAAGCCCUGAAGAACUGCAUGCCCAAGUUCCUGAAUAUUGUAAAGGAGGUGACCGGUGAUCCGGACUACUCCAUGUUUAACCUGUCCCUCAAGGAGGACUGGAGCACCACCAAGAAGUUCUGCCGGUCGGCGACGCACGUUAAGGGCGCCGCUAACGGAGUCUCGAGCACGCCGUUGCUCCUCAAUGGUCAGUAGGCUUCUGAACUGUCCCUGAAUCUCUUUUGCACACGCAAUUACACGGCAGAAGCAAGUUAUAAGAAAAACCAAUGACCUGGCAACAAAAUGUACAAAAAAAAAACUUAAAAACUGAACGUAGGUCCUUCCAAGCUGCCUUGGGAGCUCCACUUAGUGCUCUGAUUUAUGACCACACGCCCUAUAAACCCACACACACACCCCGUUACUUAUUUGCGUACUUAGCCCCAGGAGGAUGAAGGCACCGCGAACGAGAAGCGUAUGUGUCGAGUCUAUAGUUUGUAGUGCAACCGCAACCGAAACCGGAGGUCGAGAGCCCCACCCGUACUUAAUUUUCUUGUCAUGUUUGCUCGUGUUAAUUUUGUAAGCCAUAACACUAGAAACUGUGUAAAUCCAUGGAUCCGCGAUAUCAUGUGACGUUUUUGUGUCUUUUGGAAAAAUUGUGAACCGAUAAUUUUAACUCUAACUCUAAGCUAAAUGAAAAUAAGAAUACGACUACAAGACCACCAAAA